AUGACAGCCGUGGACUACAAAGGUUUUCGAGUUGUAGUAAUCCCGCUGCCUGAGUCCGUACCAGAAAUCGUCGAGUGGCCUCAGCCUCUAUCUUCUCGUGUUCGCCACGAGGUCUCCUUUAUCGAAAAUAAACUCAACAUUUGCAACCUGUUGAAACCAGUUUCACCUGAAAACCCACCUCACGACGUGACUGUCCUCUUGUCAGUGAAAAACAGGGGCGUUGACAUGAUGAUGCUCUACCGGACAUGCUACGCGGUACCCCUUUUUCCUGGGAAGGAAGCAAGUGACUCUCGACCUUCCAUCUCCCAGCGUCUCCGAACUGUUCCUUUUGAAUAUUCCGCCGACAUGGAAAUGGCCUUAAAAAAUUGUCAACAAAUUUCCCAGCAGACACCAGCUAAGCCGAUUGCCCCGGGCCAAGCGUAUCAGGAUGCGAUUGUCCGGUCCCCUUUUAGUCGCUUAUACUCCCCAAUAGGCGAACUGUAA